GCUUGCAGGGUUUGAGGGGCCUCGGGCGAGCCGACACCUCACUGCUUUGGUGCUCGCCCGAGGUCCUCGUCUGCUUCCUCCGGCUCCGACCUGGUCCGCCCCAGGUCGGGGUGGGGACUCCCGAGAGAGAGAGACGGCGCUGCGAGCGCAAGCGCCCUCUCAUGGCCGGAGAUCAGGACGAGGAGCUGGACGGGAGCGCGCAGCUGUACACCCCGUCGGGCGACGAGCUGGACGAGGAGGGCGGAGGACUGCCUCCUGUCCCCGCCGAGGAUCUGCGGCUCGACGAAGGCCAGGUGUACUCGUCGACUGGCUACGAUGCCCAGGGGGACGUCCAGUGCCGCUUCACGUGGGUCGUCCUUCGCCUCUCCGUCGGGGUCGAGACGUACGCCAGGCCGAGGUUCCUUUUCUCAAGCGACCCGUACUGGGACUGGUGGGCGUCGAACCCAGGCGAGCGGGGUGCUGUGACUGCGCGGCCCCUCGUCCAUGUGUGUCGGACGCAGCCGUGCCAGGUUCAGCCCCCGCGGGGCUGCACAGAGCUGGUGCACAUCACAGAUGCGACCCCCGUCUCGGCCGACGAGUUGCGGCAGAUCUUUGCGUCGUUCCUCUCGGACAACCCAGACGCGGUCUGGCCCGCCGACCUCUUCGGACCGCGGCUCGCUGGCGGGGUGCCCGUGGAGGCGCCAGCCAGGAGGCCGGCCGCGUCGGAGCAGCCAGGGCUGGACGAGCUUUGGAGUGGCGACGUUGUCGAGGCGGAGGGGAGCAGCCGCCGCGCCAGCCUCCGCGGGAAGCUGGAGGCAGCGCAGGAUCGCUUCGCGCGGCUUCAGCAGCAGCGGCGGGCCGCCGCGGGAGCUGCGGAGGCGGUCGCUGCCCUGGACGACGAGCCGCCCGCGAAGGUCCCGCGGCAGGGCGGGCCGCCACCGCAGCGGUCGCUCGCCGAGGUCCUCGAGGACCGCGUGCGGAAGGCGGCGAAGGUCGGGGCAGUUGCCUCGGCCGAGGACGCCAAGGGCGCAGAGGCGGCCGCCGCCGCGGCUGGGCAGGGCGGAGCUGGCGUGCAGGAGCUGCUGACGGCCCUCCUCAAGGCGCUGCAGAGCGCGUCCAGGUCGUCCGACGACCCGUCCUUCGGCGGCGACGGUGGUGUCGCCACCGCCGAGGGCGACUUGCUGCCGAAGGGCCUCGCGUCUCGACGGGCCCACUGCAGGAGAUUGGCCCUCGAGCACCCAGGCAGACUCGCGGAGCUGAGCCUGGCGCAGAUGGCAGAGUUUCUGGGGUCGCAGGACGGCGGCGGGUCGGUCGAUCCGCACGGCCCAAUCGUCCUUCGGUUCCUCUUGUCGGUCUACUUGCCGCAGCACCCUGUGAAGGAGAUAGGGGGCGAGAUCUACCGCGAGCUGCGGACGAUCGCGGAGGCGCUGGACCUGUUGCUGCAGGGGCGCACGGCCGCGGUGGCCGACAUCCUGGCCCAGCGCUUCAAGGCCAUCCAGGUGGCUGUCGGGGACGGGAGCUGGUCGGCGGCGAAGUGGCUCGAGCUGAUACCGCCGCGGGACCAGCCUCUCGCGCUGCGCAACGAGGAGGAGGAGAUGAUCAGGAGCAUCCAGCACGGCGAGCUCAAGCUGGAGGAGCUUGCCUCACGGCUGCGGCAGAAGCCUCAGGGCUCCGCGGAGGCCGACCGCAUGCUGGCCGACAGGUCGGCAGCCCCAGCCCGUUCGGUCGUGCUGACGCGGCCCUGGAAGGAUGCCAAGGCGAAGUGCCCGAAGAAGCCUGGCGAGACGGUCAAGGACCCGCUCACCACUUCGGACUUCCAGGACUGGCUGCGCGUGGUCACGGUCGGCUUUGGGUCGAGCCUCACUGCCGUGGACUUGUCCGUCACGCUGCUGGGCCUUGCCAUCACGGACCCUGGGGGUCUGGGCGCCUUCGCUAGGGAGUUCACGAUGCGUACGUCCACAAGGUCCGUCAUGGUGGAGUGCUGGCUUUACUUGGAGGUGCUCGGCCUCAACCGCAUGUACUGUGGGCGGGCGACCGCCACCUGGCAGCACGAGGGGUCCCUCACGCUGGCGCAGCGGCAGGCCAUGACGCACCUCCUGUCGCGGGCCGAGGUCUUUGCGGAGGACCCCUUCGCGAGCGUGGAGGUGCCCGCGCUGUCAUCCGCCCUCCAGCACGCGGCCAUCGACUACAGCGGGGAGCCCACGGUCAAGGCACUCCCGUGCGUGCUCGCGGAGCUGAAGCCGGGCCUGCCGCAGCCGGAGCACGCAGGCGCCUUGGACGCAUGCGAGUUCGUGGAUGCGGACUUCGGCGCCUGGCUGAACGACCCCACGGUGGCGCUGAAGCCCGAGGCUGAGUGGCCCAACCCGCUCCCGAGGGCGCGGGUCAACGUCAUCUCUGACAGCGACUGGGAGGCCCUGGCGGUGCACUUGGUGAAGUUGGGCAUCUUUACGGUGCUCGAGCCGCAUGAGGUGUUCCAGGUGCGGGGCGCUCCGCUCCUCAACGGCCUCUUCGCAGUCGAGAAGAAGGGAGCGCCUGGGCCGGGGGCCGAGCGGGUCACCAGGCUCAUCCUCAACAUGGUCCCAGGCAACUCGCUCCUCAAGCCGUUCGUCGGUGAGGCGUCUACACUCGCGGCGUCGACGGGGUGGACGACCCUUCAUCUGCCCGAGGGCUCCCUGCUGCUGUGGUCUGGCGAUGACCAGAAGGGGGCUUUCUUUGUGUGGCGGAUCCCGUGCUGCUGGCAUGCUCACAUGGCGGUGGGCAAGGCGCUGCGCGGCGACCUGUUUGGGCGCGCGGCGCCGCGGGUCUUCGUCGCCUCAGCUGUCAUCUCGAUGGGUUGGAUGCUCGCCGUGCCGCUGUUCCAGCACAUACAUCGGCGGCUGUGUCGGCUUCCGCCCCCGCUCGGAGCGGGCCUACCACCAGAGGCAGAGUGGCGGAAGGACACGGUGCGGCCGCUCGCUUUUGCUAAGCAGGGCCCCGUCCUUGCAUCUUGGUGGCAGGUAUACAUCGACGACUUCGACGCCCCCGAGAUCAUCGAGGAGGCCGCGGCGCUAGAGCUGCUUGGCAGCCAGGCAGAGUUGCAGGCCGCGGCCCGUGCCAGCUACGGCCGUGCGCAGGUGGCGAUCUCCUCCGACAAGGCGCACCUCCGCCAGCUUCGCGUUGAGAGGAUGGGGGCUUCUGUUGACGGCGUCACGGGGCGGAUCGGGGCCCCCCUCAGCAAGGCGUUGUCCGCCUGCGGUCUCGCCAUCGCGACGCUCGGCGUGGACUUGGCCCCGUGGAGGCUGGCCAUGACUGUGCUCGGCCGCCUUGUCAGGGUCUUCGAGUUCCGACGGCCCUUGCUCAGCAUCUUGAAUGCAGUGUGGAGGCUUUCAGAGCCGCGGGCGAAGGUCUACCUGACGCGGGAGAUGAGGGAGGAGCUGAUGACGGCGCUCCUCGUGAUCCCGCUCGCCGCUACUUCGUUGAGGAGCCGCCUCGAAGGGAUGGCGUCGUGUUCAGACGCGUCCGAGUUCGGGGGCGGGGUCUGCGUGUCGACGGGCCUCCAUGAGCAGGCGGAGGCGUCUAUCCUCGCCGCCGGCGAGCCUGGCGCUCAGCUGGGCGCGGGGGCGAGGGUCCUCGGCCUGCCAGUCGACCCGCGGGCGCCCUGGACUCGCAGCAAUCCGCGGAUCCCGCGGGCCAUCGUCGCCCGCGUCCUCAGGGUCCUCUGCAUCGGGCUGUUCGACGGCAUCGGCGGGCUGGCGGUCGCGCUCUCGCGCCUGCCCGUGCGCAUCGUCGGGUACGUGAGCGCCGAGACGGACGCCAAGGCCAGGAGGGUCGUGCGGCUCAGGUGGCCAGGCGCCAUCGACUGGGGCGACGUCAGGACCGUGACCGCCCAGACGGUGGAGGAUUUGAGGAUCGCCUACCAGUCCGAGGUCGACCUUGUGGUCGCGGGCGCAGGCAGCCCGUGCCAGGGGCUCACGGUGCUGAACGCUGCUGGGCGAGGCCUGGCCGACCCGAAGUCUUCGGUCUUCUUCGAGGUGCCGCGCAUCUUCGGGCUGCUGUCAGACGCUUUCGGGGCGCGCUUCAGGUGGCUCGUGGAGAACGUCGCAAGCAUGACGUCCAGCAGCCUGCGUGGCAUGAGCCAGGCCCUCGGCGUCAAGCCCGUGUUCCUGUGUGCCUCGGCUCUGGUGCCCUGCAGGAGGCCGCGGCUGUAUUGGCUGAGCUGGAGCGUCCGCCCCACCCCGCCGCUGGUCCUCCAGGAGCGUGAGGAUAUGUUCGUUGUCAGCUGCAGUGAGCCGCCCCUGUUGAAUUUGGAUUGGCAGGAUCCUGGGGCGCGCUGGAUCGGCGAGCCUGGGCCUUACCCCACCCUCGUGUGCAGCAGGCCUCAGCGAGGCUACCCUUCAGCGCCGCGCGGGGUGAAGAGUGCUUCGCCCGAGGCGCUCGCUCGCUGGCAGUCGGAUUCGUAUCGCUACCAUGUUGCGCUCUACGAAGAGAAAAACCUCUUGCAGGACAGCGACGGGUCCUUGCGAGUCCCUUCGAGCUCCGAGCGGGAGAGGAUGAUGGGAUUCGACGUGCGUUACACGGCUGUAGCCACGAAGGGCUCGAACCAGCAGGAUAGCGACGACGCCAGGUCCUUCCUACUGGGCAACAGCUUCAAUGUGUUCUCGGUCGCUUGGCUGCUGCAGUGGCUCUUGCUGAGCCUGGGGGCUGUGACGCGCCCGCUGUCCAUGCAGGAGCUGGGGCACGUCGGCGAAUGCACGCCGUCGUGGGACGAGACGGGCUGCUUCGAGAGCGACGCGGGGGAGCCAGAGACCGAGGCCAGCCGCCUCUUGCUCCUCAGCUACCUCGCCAGGUCCGAGAAGGGCGGGAGCGAUGUGCGUCUCGACGUGAACCUGCCGUACCGACCGAAGGGGUGGCCCAGAUCGUCGCUGGACCCGUUCGUGUGGAAGUGGCGAGUCGUGCUGAGUAUAGCUUGGCCCAAGAGGCGGCAGGCGCACAUCAACGUCAGGGAGCUGCAGGCCGCGCUCGCGGCGCUUCGGUGGCGGGCUCGCGCCGCUCGCCGCCACUGCAGCCGCUGGCUCCACCUCGUGGACAGCCAGGUCGUCGCGGCCAUCAUCACGAAGGGCCGGAGCAGCAGCGCUCGCUUGCAGCCCAUGCUCCGGCGCUGGGCAGCGGUCGCGGUCGCGGCCGACAUGUACCCGCUGAUCGGCUACAUCGUGUCGGAGAACAAUCCGGCCGACGAGCCAUCGAGAAAGCUGUGGCGGUAUGCCGUUGCGGUCCGCAGGCUCUUGCAGUACUACGGCGCUGAGGAGAGUGGCACGACUGCGCUCGCACUGGCUAUGGACGAUGCAGACGGCUUGGUCGCUAGCUUCCUUGAGAGGCUCUGGGCUGAGGGCGCUGGCAUUGCAGCUGCGAGCAACACCAUCGCGGGCGUGGCCUUUUUCUGCCCGUCUUUGCGCAGGAAGCUCGACUUGUCCUGGUCACUCCUGCGGACGUGGCGCCGCCAAGAGCCUGCGGCGCGCGUCCUCCCGCUGACCGCAGAGCUGGUCGGCGGCAUGGCGGGCUACGCCAUCGCAGCGGGCGCCUUUGAUUUCGCCUGCCUUCUUCUCGUCAGCUUUGAAGCGAUGCUGCGAGGGGGAGAAGCUUUCAGCCUCACUGCAGGCGACGUUCAUGAUCGUGCAUCGUGUAUGGUCAUCCGCAUUGGCAGCAGUAAGACCACGGCGGGCAAGGAUGCAGCUGAGGCCGUGGUGGUGCGGUCUAGGGCCUGUGUGCGGCUGCUGCGCUUGGUUGUGGCCCAUCUCGCGCCUUCAGACAGGCUCUCGCCGAGGUCGCCGAACCAGCUCAGGGCAGGCUUGCAGCGCUUGGCCGAAGCGCUCGGUUUUCGAGGUCUCUUCAGCUGGCACAGUUGCCGGCGAGGCGGAGCAAGUGACUUUUUCUGCCGCUCCGGCUCAAUGGAGCAGACACUCGUCAAAGGCCGCUGGGCCAGCACUUUGACUGCGAGAAUUUAUAUUGAAGAUGCAGUUGCUGACCUAGUGAAGGUCAG